GAUUCGUCAGACACUGACGUGGACGGUAAUUUUGAGGCUGACAUGAGCGCCGUAAGUCUCGGUACCCCAGCCUUGUCACCACUUCAUGUCGACCCAGUCAGUAGUGAUGCAGGGUCUGAGGAGCCAUUCUGGAAUGAAAGCCAACAUUAUUCAUUCAUUAACUGGGCGCACCCUAAUGACGAGUUGGAGAUCCUAUAUGGCGAUGAUGACUUGCACGGAGGUUGGAAGUUAGGAGAUCCGUUAUUUGUGCAACAAGAAUUUGGGUCCAAACCAGAAUUGCAACAUGCUGUGAAGAUACAUUGUAUGAAGGGGCGCAGGACAGCCAUAGUUGAAAAAAGCGACGAGUCAAGAUUUGUUAUGAAGUGUAAAAACCAUGCUGACGGUUGUCCCUGGUAUAUGAGGGCAAUUAAGCCGAAGAAGGGAGCUAACUGGGUGGUCCGUAAAUGGGGUCAAGGUCACACAUGCCUAAAUCAAGGCCUAGCACAGGAUCAUAGACAGUUGGAUUCAAAUGUCAUUUGUGCGGCUAUAAUGAAUAUGUUAAAGGAAGAUCCAUCCACAAGACCAGCUCUGAUACAGGAGAGGAUACAGGGAACAUAUGGAUACAACAUAACGUACAGGAAGGCCUGGAAGGCAAAAAUGAAGGCCAUCGUUAAGUUGUUUGGUGACUGGGAGAAAUCGUACGCAUUCUUGCCAAAUUGGCUGAAGUAUAUGACGGAGGUGAAUGUGGGUUCUGUGUUCAAACUUGAUACAAAUCAAUGUUUUGAUGAACGUCGGGUUUAUACAGACAGGGCCGUAUUUCAAAGGGUUUUUUGGACAUUUCACCAAUGCAUUGAAGCAUUCAAACACUGCAAGCCUAUAAUUCAAAUUGACGGCACUCAUCUGUAUGGGAAGUACAGAGGUACUCUAUUGAUUGCAACAUCUCAGGAUGGAGAUGGAUUUCUGCUCCCUAUUGCCUUUGCUGUUGUUCCUCCAGGUGAGAGGUUGGAUGAUUGGUCCUGGUUUCUUAGCCUUUUACGUUUUCAUGUCACACAUAGGCAUGGUAUUUGUCUAAUAUCCGAUCGUCAUCGAAGCAUCAUAAGGGCGGUGAAAGACCACGGAGGGUGGCAGCCUCCAUAUGCUUAUCAUGUAUUUUGUCUACGUCACAUCGGAAGCAACUUCAAUACCCGUUUUAGGAAUGUGGAAUUGAAGAAAACGUUGAUGAAAUUAGGGUACACAUGUUCAAAGAUAAAUUUCGACAUUAGGUACAAGGAAUUUAUCGAGAACAAUCCUGAAGUUGCUUCAUGGUUGGAUGCGAUUCCGAAAGAGCAAUGGUGCAGGUCGUAUGAUGAGACAGGACGUAGGUUUGGUCAUAUGACAACUAACCUAUCUGAGUGUGUGAAUAAGGUGCUUCGUGGAGCACGAAAUCUGCCUAUAUCUGCAUUGGUCAAGAUGACAUUCAGUAGACUCGUUGAGUAUUUCGUCAAGAGACGUGAAGGGAUUGAAAAAGAUAUCUCACAAGGUUGGAUAAUUUCAAAGAAGGUUGAGGCAGCGUUGCAAAAAAAAUGAUGAAUUGGCUGGCACUUAUCGUGUGAGGAUAUAUGAUAGUGACCUGUUAUUGUUUGAGGUUGAGGAUGCCUACAAUCAAUCUACACACGAGGUCGGUGACAUCAUGAGAGUGGACUUAAUCAAUCGUACAUGUCAGUGUGGUAGGUUUACAGCAAGGAGGUAUCCCUGCAGUCAUGUAUUAGCAGUUUGCAAGGUAGCCAAGCUAAACCAUUAUGAUUAUGUGGAUCAUGUUUUCAAAAUUCCAACCAUUGCUAAAGUAUAUGCUGCACACUGGUUUCCUAUUGGCAAUGAAUUGUUGAUUCCAUCCGUUGUUGGGCCUACUGUAAUUCCGGAUGCUCAGUUGGUACGUGCAAAAGGAAGACCAAAGUCUUCAAGGAUUCAGAAUGAGAUGGAUUGGGUUGAGUCUCAACCCUCUAGCAG